AUGGCAUCGAAAGAGGAAAAGAAGCCUAAAGGGUUGAGGAGAGUCAUGUCGGUAUAUUCCAGAGACAAUCAGCACUGGCUGAAUAGUGUGGAUGAGAAUAAAUAUGAAAAUUAUGAUAGAUCAAGUAACUUGAUGGUGGAUACAAACAUGUUGAGGAGGAAAGAGACCCUUCUGCUAUCCACAGAGCCAGCAACCAUUUUACCGGGCGUCAAAGCUAUUUGUAAAGGAGAUUUGGGCCUAAAAUUAUCUGAUGAAUGGUUGUACCGCAAUUCUAGCACUAUGCAAAUUAAUCGAAGAAAUGUGGAUUUGGAUCUCCCCCCGUUGCUAAAAGGCAAAUGCCACGUGUUGAAAGAGUAUGAUUCAACCGGCGAAUGUGAAAAUCCCGAUGAAUUGAAAGAAAUUGGUAAAGUUUUAAGCAAUAUUAUUGAUAAGAAAAUGGUUUUAGUUGAGCCAUUCGCGGUUGAUAUUCCUGGAGAGAUGAGGAGGAUAAAAAUCGGCCUAAUUUUGAGUGGCGGACCUGCGCCUGGAGGCCACUGUGUCAUAUCUGGUGCUUUUGAUUAUUUGAAGAUUAGAAAUCCAGAUUCCAAGCUAAUCGGAUUCAUUGGUGGGAUAGACGGAUUCCUAAAUAAUAAGUAUGAAGACAUAAGUAGCGAAAAGAUUGACAACUAUCGCAACAUGGGAGGGUUUGAUAUGUUAUGGUCGGGGAGAGGGAGGAUUAAAAAUGAUAAAGACUUGGAAACUGCCGCAAAAAUUGCCACCGAUUUGGAGCUAGAUGGGCUGAUUAUUAUUGGAGGGGAUGGAUCUAAUAGUAAUGCCGCAUUACUAGCCAAUUAUUUUGAGAAAUUACCACGCAAAAUAUGUGUGGUUGGAGUUCCUAAAACCAUUGAUGGCGAUGUGAAAUCGGAAAACAUUGAGCAAAGUUUUGGAUUUGACACUGCAUCUCGCACCUAUUCGGAAUUGAUUGGCAAUCUUUGCGUAGAUGCCACCAGUACUCGUUAUACUUGGCAUUUCGUUCGCGUUAUGGGCAGAAGCGCCUCGCAUUUGGCUCUUGAGUGUGCAAUGCAAACACAUCCUAACAUUUUGUUGGUGGGCGAAGAGAUCCAGGAAAAUGGCACCAGUUUGGAAGAGAUUGUACACCAAAUUACCGACUUGAUGAUCCAGCGAAUGAAGUUGGGCAAAAAUUUUGGUGUGAUACUAAUAUCCGAAGGUCUGAUAGAGUUUAUCCCGGAGGUUAAAAUUUUAAUACAAGAGCUAAAUGAAAUUGUCAAUAGAGGACAAGAAUUCGACGUAAAUCUUCUCAAUAAGAGUCGCAAGACUUGGGAAUUUUUGCCAUAUAUGAUACAAGAGCAACUGCUACUGGACAGGGAAGCUUCUGGAUAUAUAAUGGUCGCUAAAAUAGCAACGGAGAGGCUCUUACUAAUGCUGGUAGAAUCUUAUAUUGCUUCGGAGAAAACGGAUGAUUUAAAACGGUUAAAUUCUCUAAAACUCCAAUUCAUGCCUCACUACUUCGGGUACGAGGGAAGAUGCGCUGUUCCAAGUGAUUUUGACGCCACUUAUUGUUAUUCGUUGGGUUACAAUGCCAGUUUACUAAUUUCUCACGACAGGAAUGGAUAUAUGAGUGUGAUAAGGAAUUUGGCGAAGCACUACGAAGAAUGGGUUCCUAUGGGCCUUCCAUUUGUGUCAAUUAUGCACAUGGUUGACGCACCUGCUGGGUCAGAUUUGCCGAAAUUUCCUGCUAUAAAGCGGGUCCUUGUAGAUCUCAAUUCCAAGAUGUUCAAGGCAAUUUCCAAAGCACGAAUAACAUGGGCUUUAUCCGAAAAUUAUCGCUCUCCCGGACCAUUGCAACUAAAAUUAUCAAAUUUAAAUGCCACUUGUUUGGAAAAAUUUAGUGAUGUACCUAAUAGUAUUAAACAAACUACAUCGUUGACCUUUGACUCAUCAUCAUUAAGCAAUAAGUUGGUUCACGUAUCCGACAAUUUGGAUUAUAUGAGUGAAAGGAAAGAUGAUGUCAAUGAACUUAUUUCUCAGCAGCGAUGUUUUUCCCUCUUAAAUGACUUGGAUCUUGUUUGCAAAGAAUCUACAAAUGGGACCUGCUACUCGCCAUUACAGAAUAUGCGAUUGAAUUACAAGCCAAACAUACCCCCUUUGUGCAAAAAUCCAAACUUGACUAUGACUAGAAACAUAUCUAACGGUAAUACCAUACCUACAGAUACAUAUACAUACCGACAGAUAUUACUCAAUUACCCUCAUUUGACCUCAAAAACUUCCUUUGAGAUAUACAAUGUUUCGGCGAUUGAUACUCCAAACAAUUCAUUGCCCAAAGCUUCAAAGGUGGGAAUUGUGUGCUUGUCUAAGCAAUAUCCGGGCAUAAUGAACGUUAUUUGGGGCGUAAGAGAGCGAUUGAAAAAUUGCGAAUUAUAUGCAUUUCAAGGGACCGCUGGUCUCAUAAAUGGAGUAUAUUCUAUUAUUAAGGAUGAAGAUCUUAAAUUGUUCAGGAAUCAGGGCGGAUUAGGCAUUAUCUACAGAUCAAGAUUCAAGUCAAUAUACCCACUUUCAGACAGAAUUGCAGCGGCAAAUACCUGCAUCAAAUUGGGUUUACACUCUUUAGUAAUAAUGGGAGACUCAGGUGCAAUUUCCCAGGCUACACUGUUUGCUGAAUAUCUAUUAUCCAACAACAUUGAUAUAAACAUCAUUGGCGUCCCGGUAACUGGAUCCAAUUGUUUGGCUUCCUUCGGUUGCGACAACAAUCCAAUAGAAGCUUGCGUUGGAUUCGACACAAAUGCUAAGUUGUACGCGGGGCUAGUAGGCAACGUUUUAACGGACGCUGCUAGCAUUCCAAAAUAUUGGCAUUUUGUCAAAAUACUUGGCCGUUUACCAAGUUUGGAAGUGUUAGAAGUUGCGUUGCAAACACAUCCAAAUGUUGUUAUUAUUGCUGAGGAAUAUGGAGCUGCCAACAAAACAUUAUUUGACGUAGUACGGGAUAUUGCGGAUGCCGUUUGUCAAAGGGCAGAAAUAGGCAAAAAUUUCGGUACCGUUUUGAUACCGGAUCAUCUAAUUUUCCACCUACCUAGUAUGAAGACCCUAAUUGACGAGUUACGCUCCUUGUACGAGAAAAUUGACCCUGGAGAUAAUCUAGUGAACCAUAUAUCAAAGUUAUCCAGUUGGAAUAAAGCACUUUUCGAAUCGUUCCCUGAAUAUAUUCGCAAAGUGUUAUACACCUUUGACCCCUCGGAGAUUUUGUUGGAGAAUAUGGAAAUUGAGAUACUGCUGGCAAAUAUGGUCAAAGAGGAGUUGAACCUUAGGAAGAAGAAAGGGUUAUAUAAAGGCAAUUACUUAUCCGUAACGCAUUAUUUUGGUUAUCAAGGGCGCUGCUCCCUACCCACAAAUUUUGAUUCAAAUCUUGGAUUUGCAUAUGGACAUAUUGCAGGUGUAGCAGUAGAAUCCAAUGUAACAGGAGUUUGUGUUGGAAUUCAAGGGUUAUGUACGCAGAAGGUGGAACAGUGGGAAAUGUUUGCUGUGCCAUUUGUACGCCUUUUACGCAUUUCCCCAGAUCGACCGGAAAUAUUCAGUCUAAAUGAUCAUCCUAGGAAAGGCGAAUUACCACUAGUGCUAUGCUCAAUGGUAAAUUUAUCGGGGAAAUCUUUUAGAGCAUUGAAGGAGGCACGCGGCAGAUGGGUAUAUGAGGAUCUUUUCUGUAACCCAGGACCGAUCCAAUAUGGCGAAUACAAAGUUUCACAUAAUUUAUUACUGCAGCUAGAACACGCAGAGUAUUGGAACAUGUUAGCUUUGGCGACAAAGUUGACUGAUAAACUUAAGAAGACUUACCGUUUUGGAGUUUCUGAGGAUUUCCUCCGACACGUACUUGCAUCACUGUCCAGCUUGUUGUUGGUAGCUAACAACCCAGGGAAGCUCAUAUCUAUCUUAGACGAUAUAUAA